AUGUCCGAUUCCCACCAUCAUCCUCACGACCACAGCCAUUCACAUUCUCACCCACCUCACCUCUUCCAAGCAACAUCUUCAACAGAUCAACCACCAGACGCAUGGAGAGAAAGUGGCGUCCGAGUCAUCCCCGGCGACAGCCUCGAUACCAAUACUCCACAAACGCCUGGAAUGAACCGAGCUGCCGCAAUAACAACGGCCCGAGUAGGAGCACAGAAGUUGUGGGCGGGCACCGUUAAGAUCCACCCGAACGCCAAAACAGGUGCACACCAUCAUGGACACCUGGAGAGCGUGAUCUAUGUGGUCAAAGGCAAGGCACGGAUGCGAUGGGGUGAGAAGUUGGAGUUCACGGCCGAGGCGGGGCCGGGCGACUUCAUCUAUGUGCCUCCGUACGUACCACAUCAGGAGAUCAAUGCGAAGGAAGACGAGGAGUUGGAAUGUGUGCUCAUGAGGAGUGACGGAGAGGCUAUUGCGGUGAAUUUGCCUGAUGUCGUGCCGGUUGAGAAUCCCCAGGGCGUCAAAUGGAUUGAUCCCACGCAUCCGACCGGAGGCGUGUGA